UCAACGUCGUCUACAGUUGCCUAUAUUUUAUAAAUAAAUUGUUGAAACUUUUGAAAAUUUAGAUAUUACCUAAGGAAAAUGGCAGAAUCAGACUCGGGAGAAAGUACGUCGUCGGUGUCCUCAUUUAUAUCCCGCUCAUCGUCGUCUUCGCGAUUGAGUGAGUUUGUGGACGCCAAGACGGAGCUGCAGGAUAUAUAUCACGAUUUGAGUAACUACCUGUCCAGUUUUCUAACCCUUUUGGAGGAGAGUGUCCUUUUGAAAGAUCGGCAAGUGCUGAAGCACCUGUGCGCCUUCUCCAGCAGAGUGGAGGCCAUUGCAAAGGUUCUUUCGCGUGAUCGCAUGAAGGUGGCAUUUUUUGGACGCACCUCAAACGGAAAAAGUGCCGUGAUCAAUGCACUGUUGCACGAAAAAAUCCUGCCCAGCGCCAUGGGCCACACCACCAGUUGCUUUUGCCAAGUGCAGGCUAAUGGCACAGAUGAAACCGAGCACGUAAAGGUCGAGCAGGAGGAGCAGCACAUGGAGCUGAGUGCCCUAAAGGAACUGGCCAGUGCGCAUUCUCUAAGAGCCCUGAAACCCUCGACUCUACUGCAUGUGAAUAUGGCCAAGAACCGCUGCUCGAUCCUGGAUUACGAUGUGGUUCUGAUGGAUACACCUGGAGUGGAUGUAACAGCGCAACUGGACGACUGCCUGGACAGCUACUGCAUGGAUGCGGAUGUUUUCAUCCUGGUUCUCAACGCUGAGUCCACUAUUUCGCGCGUGGAACGCCAGUUCUUCAAGGAUGUGGCCUCCAAACUUUCGAGUCCAAAUCUCUUCAUACUCAACAAUCGAUGGGAUAAGGCCAGCAGUAUGGAGCCGGAAAUGGAGCAGAUGGUAAAGGAUCAGCACACGGAGCGCUGCGUUAAUCUCCUGGUAGAUGAGUUGGGUGUUUAUGCCAAUGCGCAGGAAGCCUCGGAAAGGAUCUAUCAUGUCUCAGCAUUGGAGGCCUUGCAUAUAAGGAAUGGUCACAAUAAGAAUCCCACGGCACAAACACAAGAGCGAUACCUUGAGUUUCUGCGAUUUGAAAAUGAUUUUUUGCAUUGCCUCGCAGAGUCUGCGAGGAAAACCAAGUUUGGGCCACACUUGCAAAGUGCCCAGAGUAUUUUAACCCAGUUAAAGUCCACUCUGAUAGGCCCUUCCAUAGAAAAAGUAAGUCGUCUUAUAGAGGAGAAUAAGGAGAUGAGAGCCAACUUAAAUACGGAAAUGGACGACUGGGUAAUACUAAUGCAAGAGGAUAGAGAAGAGCUUCAAAUUUGGGCUGAAAGACUGACUGAAAUGACCCAACGUGUAGGGCAGUGCGUUUUAAACGACCAGAUCAGCACAUUAAUACCCUCGACUGUCUUGUCCUUCUCCCACCCGUUUCACCCAGAGCUCCCAGCACAAAUUGGCCUCUACCAACGCUCUCUAAGUGCCCAUUUGGAUGAUCUUCUGGAAGAUCGAGUCCUGCAAUGUCUCUCCAUGCCGCUGGAGGAAAAACUAAUCCAAAUGGAGGAUGAAAUGGCACUGCAGAUCACCGAGAAAAAUUACAACUGGCAACUAAUCUACAACGUGGAUUGCCAAUCCUAUAUGGGCGACUUUCAGCCAGAUCUUAGGUUUCAGUUUUCCCUGGGUUUUACUGCCCUAUGGCAUCGUCUUGAAGGAAAUAUACCACUGCACGCAAGUCCAUACCGAAUGCAAAAGUUGCCCAAUGGCCACAAGAAAAGUUUGCCCCUGCCACCUUUAGUACACGAUAACCAUUGGCAGAUGGUGGAAUCCUUGAUCAAGUCCAAAGGUAGCCUUGGAACCGUAUUGCUGAGCGCCCUGGCCAUCCGUUCGUUCAACUGGCCAAUCGUUUUGAUCCUUGGUGGCCUCGUCGGAUCCUAUUACCUGUACGAGUACGCCGCUUGGACGACAGCCGCCCAAGAGCGGAGUUUCAAGUGCCAGUACUCCAGGUUGUUGCAACAACGUCUGCGGGCGGAUGUGCAGCAAACCGUCAACGGGUUUGAGUUUCAGUUGCGACAGCACCUGACAAAAGUCCGAAAUUGCUGGGAGGCCAAGUCCAAAGAAGUUCUGAAUGACCUGGACGCGAGUACCGCCAAGCUGACCAAGCAAACAAAGUCGAUGGAGGUGUUGCAGCUGAACCUAAAGAAGUUUCGGGACAAGGGACAGCUGCUGGAAAGUCGAUUGGAAGAGUUUCGAGAGAUCUACUUGAGCAAGGGCUGUCAGUUAUGAGGGUAUUGAAUUGUUGAAUUCCAAACGUUUUUAAAAGUUCUAAUUUGUUUCUUUUUUGGUUACCUAAUUUACCUAUUUAUCAAUUGUAACUCCGUUCCUUAACUUAGAAAUUUAUCUGUUGUUGUUUGGUUAUUGUAAAACAUUAAACGAUUGAGCUCUACCGUUUUAAAGUUACUUCGUACCAUCAGAGUCUUAGCCAUGAAAAUUUAAGCAGUUUUUACUGCUGUUGACUGUUUAAAUUACUUGAUUAGAUUGUUUUUCCUUCCUCCUAAUGGCUCACACACACACACACACACACACACACUUUCUGGCAGAGGAACAUGCACAAGCUGGGAAUAAGAACGAGAGAACCAGUUUUGGCUCUUUUUUGUAUUGUAGAAAACAUCGGGCUUAAACAAAGCGUCCAUGUUGGAGCGGCCAAAAGCAAAAGUACAACAGAUACAAACAGGCCAAGCUGAACUCUAAGCUCCGCCCCUUGCUCACACAC